UUGUACACAAUUUGUGCAGAUGCCUUGUACUUAAAAUCUUUUUGAAUUUGUUUUUCUGUGUUGCUGCUGGUUUUAUUGUGAUAAUUAAGACAAUUGUUGCAAAUGUUAUGUCAUAUUGUUAAAUGUAGUAAUAAUAAUAAUAAUAAUACAUUUUAUUUAAAAGCGCCUUUCAGGACACCCAAGGUCGCUGUACAGAAGAUAAGAACACCAAUAUAAAAUACAAGAUAAAAGACAACAAACAAUAAAUAAAAGCAUACAAGAAAUCGGGAUAGGGGGGACCAUGUGAAACUGUUAGAGGGAAUAGGCAAGUUUGAACAGAUGGGUUUUGAGUUGAGAUUUGAAAAUGGGAAGGGUGGCAGAGUUACGGAGGUCUGGUGGCAAUGAGUUCCAGAGUUGGGGAGCAGAGCGGCAUGUAUGUAUUACAUAGUUAUCAUUUUCUGUAUAUUAUUGAACAACAUAAAUGACCCAGACUGUCAAAACAUUAUGUUAAAAAUAAAAAGGCAUUGUUCUGAUAAUAUGUAACCCUAUUAAGACUUACAGUAUAUGAGUUAAAGCGUCAUGCAAAGUCAAUGAGCGAUGAGUCACAGUUUAUGGCUGACUCACUGUUUUCAUGCUGAAAGCUCACAGCAGCAUCACUGACGAAUGAUUUAUUGACAAGUGUGUGUGUGUGUGUGUGUGUGUGUGCGUGCGCAUGGGUAUGUGUGCGAGGUGUAGUGUUUGAAAUAUUACUUUUCAUCAGCUCAUAAUGCAGAACGAACCAAGAUAAAAGAGACUGUCUCGACUGAAAAGGUCUCUUCUAAUGUAUUUCGCCACUUGGUAAACUUGAGCUUAGAAAGGAGAGGUCUUUGAACACCUCUUUAACACCCACAUCCCAAUGAAAGAUUUUAUAUUUCACUUGUAUUUUGCAGUGUUCAUUUGUCCAUGUUGAGAUUCCAAAGUUCAUUAAUGUGAAAUACUAGAGAAUAGACUCAGUCAGUUUUUUUCACUACUGUUAUUAGUUAGGGUAGACACUUGGUGUGAUAAAAUAUCAAUAUGGCAAGCUAUUGUCAUAUUUAACCCGAUGAUGCAAUUAUUAUUGUGUUCAUCUUACUCUGCGUACGUUGGUUAAAUUGUGCUGCAUUUUGUUUGUUUUUGUUUCACACCUAAUAAAGACAAAGAUACGUUGUGGUUACUAAGAAAUGAAUUGCAGUAUCCAGAUAUUCACGCAUAAAAUAUGCCUUAUGGACAUUUUGGACUGAGAGAAGUCUCUCAAGUCUUUUUCAAGCUGUCAAACCUCCAAGGUGUCUACUUUUCCAGGGUUCUGAGCUCUGGGUUUCAGUUUUAACGAGGCUAAUUAGUGAGAAAUGAAGUAACAAUCCUCUAUAACGGGGAUGUUAUUUUUAGAGGCUUCUUUUUCUCGCGAUGAAGACAACUCUUUUAGGUGUUUCAAUACCCACCGUGUGUGUCUUUUGAAGUUUACCUGCAAAUAUAUUGUCCUGCAUAUUUAACCUCACCCGCGGGCUACAGAAUCAAUCGUCAGAAUCUCACAGAGGAUCUGAAUUCAGCUCACAUCCGAAAGAAGGACUUGUGGCUCUUCAAAGCACCAUGAGUGCUUUGAAUUGUGUUCUAAUACAGUGGGGAAAAUAAGUAUGCUGUAUUCCUGCACAGGACAGGAGGAACUGAUUUGAACUCAGGUAAUGGCUGCAAGGGAAAGAACACAGAGUUCCGAAAUGGGGACAGGGCAGGACGGGCCCAGAACACGAGUAAGUGAAGCUGCCCCUUGAUGGCAUCUAUUACAAGUUGGAUUUGACCCAGGGAAGACCAGUGGAUUCUGUGUAAUUGUAUGCAUUGUUUAGAUAUCUGAAAGCGAGAUGCUCCAAAAAAAUUGUCAUAAUUCUAACACAGAACACAGGAAAUGUGAAAUCACAACACUUAACAGUAAUUUAACUGCAUACAUUCCACACAAUUCAAGCAGAAAUUGAUAAUUCAUACACAAUUGUGGCGAUGUUACACUGUUUUUACAUCAGUGUUUGCUACUUAAUCCUACAUGCAAGAGUUGCGUGGAGCAAAAUUAUUUAUUACAUUAUGUUACUUGCACAAUAUCACUUUUAAUGACUUAUUGCAGGUGGUUGAGUUUCCAUCUUUUGAGGUUUUAUAACCUUACUUUCGCUCAUUUCUGUGAGUAUUUUGUGAGUAUUUCACCAUCACAUUGACUUGUUGGUAACUACCUCAUUUUUGACUAUAUUUAGCACCAAAAUGAGGCACCGCUAUCUAUUUAUUUUGUUUAUCUAGUUACUAUCACUUGCGUUUGCGGUAGAGAAAUUGUGAAAAUCAAUCUGACUGUCAAACAUGGAUGUGGGGAACAUGGAAUAAAAUACUAGUCCUCCUUCUUCUAUCGCUUGCUUGCAUUGGGAAGCGUGGCGAUGAGCGGUCGUCAUUAGGCUUUGCAGAAGCUCAUGAAUCGCAUGAAGUCUUAGAGAAUGUCUGACCUUUGUGCCACAUUUGGCUGGAAAUAAAUGUCACUGCUGCACUUCUAUCCAUCGAGAGACUUCUCUUUCAUGCUCAAGUCAAAUGUCAACAGAUAUGUGUGCAUGGCAUACUGGCAACAUCUGUGUCUGCUUAUCUGAAAAAAAAAAACUACAGUAUGUCUGCUAUUUUGCCUCGUAGCGUUAUGCUAUCUUUUCAGAUAACAACAACCAAGAUUGUCUUGAAUUCUUAUGACAAUGGUUUUACGUGAUCAGUUCAUUUUAGCCCAAGAAUGUCAUUUAGGAAGUACACAGGUGUCCGCUACAUCUUUUUUGUGGCCCUCAAAAGCCUGAAAAUAAUUUUAAUAGAAUAUGUACUGCAUGCAUUUGGAGUUCAAACAUUUUUUUGUUGUUGACAGUCAAUAAAAAACAACAACAGAAGAAAUAGAAAAAAGAGCUGUAAUUUUAAGAGAUGAAAGUCAAAUUACUAAUAGAAAAAUGUAACAAGAAAAGUCGUAAUUUUACAAGAAAAAACUAAAAAUAAUGUGAUUUUAGUAGCAUAGAGUACGAUACACUUAAAGCUAUUAAAAAUUCAUAAUGUGAAAUAUAACUUCAUAGCAUAUCAACGAGAUAUCAAGGUGUUCAGUAUGUGGCCCUCAGUAGAAAAUGUUUGGACAGCCCUGCUCGAUACCCUUAGACUAGAACUAUCCCAUCUAGUCUAUGAGCAUGAGCUAAUAGUCUAUUCUAUUCUAUUCUUCUAAGACAGUGGUUCUCAAUUAUAUUUGUCAUCCCACUGGAUAAAAAUGUUUUUGCUCCUGCCCCCCCGAUUUUGAGAUAUUAUUGAGAAACUGAUUUAUCUGUACUAUCUAUUUAUCUGUACUGUACAGACUGAACUUGAAACUUAAACCAGGAAAAUGGAACACAAUGGAGAGCAGUGAAGAGUCAAAUUGCUUAUUGAGUAUGAUAAAUUUGUAUAUGUUGUCUGGUUUGCACUAAUCAUUGAAAGCACAUGACGUGGCCCUGUCUACUGCUAUUUGUGGCUAACUUUGGGGACAUGUUUGAACAGAAUAGAACUCAAAGCACAAUGGCACCAAACUGGGCAGACAACAUCAAAGUCCAGAAACGGCCAAGUGAAACAAGGUUACCAUUUUGGAGCCUCAUGCAAGCCAAAACAUCAGGUCCUGCUCUGUGUGGCUGCUGGGAUUGGAAAUUGCGGGGGUGCCCAUCUGUGUCCAAGCCGGAGCAAAGGAGGGCAGACACAAUGGUCAGAUUGAGGGAUGCUGAUGCACACGGUGCGAGGGAGAAACAACAUGUUUGUUGAAACAUUGUUGCCGCUCAAAGUCAGUCUGCUUGUCUUAGACAAUUGCCCUUCUGUCAGCGUAAAGACAUGGGCGAGGUUGCCAGGAAUGGACCAACAAAACAUUCACAGUGGCUUUGGGUUGGGAAGCAAUGUCACCAAGCGUUAGGAGGGUUAGGACUGAGGUUUUGCCAAGUUAAAUAAUUAGGAAUAUAGCAAAGUCGUGGUGUCGAGGAUGGGGAGCUGCUGUAGCAGAGACCAGGAGGCCAGGGUCCAGUCUGUUCCUGUCGAACACCUUGUCUUGCCCAGGGCGACUGAGAUUAUGACAAACCUUGACCAUCAACUCUGUGACUUGAGCCAUAACCAGAGGACCACCACCUUUCGCCAUCCUGUCACCGGGCGUGUUUCUCCUGAUAACGUGGAUUAUUUCCUGCAGGAACAGCGGCAGGGUUCACGCAUGAUGUCCCAACCUGGAGGUGAGCAGCUCUCCAGCGCGACUGUCAGCGAGACUUCCACCACCAUCACCACUUCUUCUACUGUGGACAAUACCUCCACGGUCAAGGGGUCUCGCUCCAGCAGCAAGGUGCACUCUUUCGGCAAGCGUGAGCAGGCCAUUAAAAGGAAUCCCAAUGUGCCUGUUGUGGUUCGAGGAUGGCUGUACAAACAGGACAGCUCUGGGAUGCGUCUGUGGAAGAGGAAGUGGUUCGUCUUGGCUGAUUUCUGCCUCUUCUACUACAAAGACAGUAGAGAGGAGGCGGUCCUCGGCAGCAUUCCUCUUCCCAGCUAUGUCAUUUCACCCGUGGGAGCAGAGGACCACAUAAGCCGCAAGUAUGCCUUCAAGGCCAACCACACCGGCAUGCGCUCGUACAUUUACAAACAGAGCUCUGUGAUUGGCUCUCAGGCGGAGCACACAGGGAUGAGGACGUACUACUUCAGCGCUGACACCCAGGAGGACAUGACCACCUGGCUGAGGGCUAUGAACCAGGCGGCGCGCAUGCAGAACCCCGUGGACACCGUCAUCAGACCAUCUGAUAGGCUGGACGAUGUCAGUGUGACACCGCAGCAGAGCAUCCCACAGAAUAACCACAUCAACCACCACAAAGCUCCAGAGUGUCAGAGACCCGUGGUCCACGAGGUUCUGCUGGAGCCCAUACACCAUGACGCAGAUGAGCUCUGCAGCUUCCACAGAGCCUCUCCUGCCACCACGACUGCGGAGAUGGACACCCAGGCUUCCCUCCCCUCCAACCCCACAGCCCCCGCCCUCUCACUGCCUGACCAAGCAUCUUCUUCGGCACCUGUGUCCAGAGUGCCCUCACGAACUCCGUCACGGGCCUCCUCCACGUUGCCUCCUGGCCUUUGUAAUAGGAAUGGCCUUGUGGAGACGCCGAGCCCCAUCUUGGAGCCUAACGGGAUUGCUGCAGGGACAUACCAGAGGGCUCCGGCCAACCUGGAGGACAACGUACACAAAGAGGUGCGGAGGAGAAGUACUCUGGAGCAGGUGGAGCAGUGGGUGAAAGUGCAGAAGGCUGAACUGAAAGGUCCUCCAUCCAGAGACAACACGCUUCCGCGCCGCACGCCACCCUCCCAGCCCAAGUUCACCACUCUAGACGCAUACCAGACCUUGCCAAAGACCCCUCGUCCCAGUCCACCGCCGGCGCGAAUGGGCGAGUACAAGUAUGCCCAGGACCGCUUGAGCCACUUCCGUCUCACGCCAGAGCUGAGCGGCCCGGGAUCAAACACCGUCCUGCAGCUGUACGAGUGGCAGCAGCGUCAGCAGUACCGUCAUGGCAGCCCCACUGCACCGCUGUACACGCCGGCCCCGGACUACCCAUAUGGCGCCCGACCUCCCUCCACUGUUCCUCCCUCCUCAUCCGCCAAGCACAAUGGACCGCCUCGUUGUGUGUCCGUGCCACCUUCAACUGCCGACAUCCCGCCUCCAGGGCCUCCGCCAGGUACCAGCAGGACCUUGUCGCCUGCUCGGCGCCCGCACACCCCAGCUGACCGGGUGACAGUAAGACCCUUGGGGGAUGCCUCAGUGGUCGACACCCCCUUCACUGUUUCUCCUCGCAGGACCAAAUCUCAGGUCUUCAAGGCAUCCACCAUCGAGAGGCGCUCCAUGCCUCCAUCGAACUAUAUUACACACACCGUCAGUGCGCCCAGCCUGCACGGCAAAACGGCUGAUGACACAUACGUGCAGCUCAAGAAGGACCUGGAGUAUCUGGACCUGAAGGUGGCAGGAAGUCAAAUGCUGAAGGAAUCUGGGAAGCCUGUCAAGGUCGCAGAGAGCGACGUAGAUGUGAAGCUGAGUCGUUUGUGUGAGCAAGACAAGAUCCUGAAGGACCUGGAAGUGCGGAUCAGCUCUCUGAAGCAGGACAAGGACAAGUUGGAGAGUGUGCUGGAUGUGUCCCACCAGCAAAUGGAGCUGUAUCAGGAGCAGCCUGCACAUGUUCACAAGAUCGCCUACCAGCAAAGGUUACUACAAGAAGACCUGGUCUCCAUCAGGGCGCAGAUAUCACGACUCUCCACGGAAAUGACGCACGCCUGGGAGGAUUACGGCUGGCUGGAGAGUUCAGUAGAGGAGCUGAGGGCAGCACUGCAGGCACACAUGAACCUCAGUGCCACCUCACAGCAAGAGAAAACUGAGAUGAAGCGUGAGCUGUGGAGGAUCGAGGAUGUGAUGGCAGGACUUAGCGCCAGCAAAGCCAACUACAAAGUUACUAUUGACUCUGUGCACAACCCAGAGAGGAAGUUAGUGCCUUCAGUGUCGGAGCCCAACGUGCCUUCUUACAGUGCAGAUGUCCAUCCUCCUCCUCGUAGCUCCAUCCCCAGCGUCUACUCCCAAACAUUGCCUCACAGCACCGUGCCAAAGUGGGCAGAGGAUGGCGCUCCGCCUCGGCCGCCGCUCCCUCGCCUUUACGACUACGAGGAAACACCCCCCGUGGUGCCGCCCCUCCCCAAGGAGGCGUCGGUCAUUCGCCACACAUCUGUGCGAGGCCUGAAACGCCAGUCUGACGAGAGGAAGAGGGACCGUGAGAGCGGCCAGUAUGUUGUCAAUGGCGACUUUAAGACUGAUUUGCGUUCUUUCCUGAGUGAACCAGAGCUGCCAGGCAUUAGUCACCUGGACUACCAGCAUUUAGACAGUAAAGCAGCGGGUCUGUACGGCACGUCGUGGCGACUCAACCACUCGGACGCCGUCUCUUCCUUUGUCACCUUGAGGAGAGGCCCGAAUCCCUCUGUGGACAGGGAGAGACCUAGGAGUGCCUUGGAGUGUCUGUCCUCAGAGGCCCUGCAGUAUUCGGUCCAGCCCCGCAGCCGAAUGAGCGCCGAGGAACAGCUGGAGCGUAUGAAGCGCCACCAGAGGGCGCUGGUCCGCGAGCGCAAAAGGAACCUCAGCCAGGGCGAACGCUCCUCACUCAGUGUCCCCACCCGGCGAGCCUCCUCCUCCCCCCGGAUGCCUUCCAGCGCGUCCGACCCACCCGCCUCCGUGUUUGAUUGGCGCGAGGAACGGCUGGGGGCUGAAGGUCAAAGUGAUGAAGGUCAGAGCCAAGGAAGAGAGAAGCAGAGUGGUCAGUGGGUGACAGCGAAGGCCACGCUGGUCCGAGAGACGGACAUGGAACCUCUGGACUAUGACCUGGACAUCAGCAGAGAGCUUUCCAAACCUCAGAAGGUUCCCAUCCCGGAGCGUUACUUGGAGCCGGACCCUGAGGAGCCUUUGAGCCCCGAGGAAGAGGAGGAACGGAGCCGCCGCACUCAACGCAUCAAGAACCUGCUCAGCAAGUCCAAUGUUCAGAACCUGCAGUCGACACCAUUGGAUCUGACUGAGCUGGACCUGGUUCUGCAGCAGCAGGAGAGGAUCAUGAACGCAUCGCAUGCAUUGGCUACAGAGGCAUCACAGAAGAGCAAACAGGUGGCAGCUAAAGCCGCUGCUGCUGUCACCACUACUGCCACCUAGAGGAGACUCUUGGGAAAACAUCCAAUUUCAACACUUCUAUAUGCAGUCAUUUAUACUUUUAUUUAACAAAUGCUUUCUAAUUCAGUUUUAAUACACAAGAAGCCAAUUGUGUUUAAAUUGAAAUGAUGGAGGAUACAUACAGUGGUGGAAGACAUCACACACCCAACAACACAAUUUUGUGAGCGUGUGGGUUUUCUCCAGCAUACCCCCGUAACCCUAGCAAGGAUAGAAGAUGGAUGGAUGGAUUUAUUGAGUAUUUUUAGCAUAACAUUUUUGCUAUUGUUACAAAUAUGUCCAAAAUGAAUGUUAACUUUAAACACACUUGUGAACACACAUAUAAAAAUUAAUGCGGCUGCACAGUGUAAGGGUGGUUAGCAUGCAGACCUCACAGCUAGGAGACCAGGGUUCAAUUCCACCCUCGGCCAUCUCUGUGUGGAGUUUUCAUGUUCUCCCCGUGCAUGCGUGGGUUUUCUCCGGGUACUCCGGUUUCCUCCCACAUUCCAAAAACAUGCUAGGUUAAUUGGCGACUCCAAAUUGUCCAUAGGUAUGAAUGUGAGUGUGAAUGGUUGUUUGUCUAUAUGUGCCCUGUGAUUGGCUGGCCACCAGUCCAGGGUGUACCACGCCUCUCGCCCAAAGACAGCUAGGAUAGGCUCCAGGACCCCCUUGUGAGGAUAAGCGGUAGAAAAUAAAUGUUUUAAUGCAAAAAAGGUCUUUUGAAAUGACAUCGCUACACUACCAUUUUGGGGAAGCCAUAGUCACAUGACUUUCAUACGACAACCAAAAGAUUUUCUGUCAUUUAAAGGCAAACACAAAGUUGCAUAGGACACACUUUAGUUUUUGUCAAGUUGUUUGAUCAGCUUGUAGCGUCACUUCGUGGUCACAGCUUGUCUUUGCUACUAAAUGACAAUUCAAGUAAUGAAUAUUUCACUUUACAAAAUAAACAUGAGUAUAAUACAA